GCUUCUGUGGAAAUGGAAAGGAGCGUUUCGAAGCCGCGAAAUGACCGGGAAAUCAGGGCGCCUUCGUCGCAGAUCAAGCGGCGGAAAAUCGAUCAUACGCCGUCCCGCCGAAUUUUAUCUUCAGUUGGUGUACAGAGACAAGGAAUUUCAGUCUCAACUAAAGGCUCGACUUGUCCUGUUGCUAGUGGAAGUGAAUUUAGGAUCCUACAAGAUAAGAGUUCUGCUGUGGCAGAGGCCAAACAAGAUUGUUGCACUGGUAAUUUUAAGAUGGGAAAGGUUGCAGUAGGCGCGGCGGCGGUGUGUGCAGGUGCGGUUUGCGCGGCUGCGGCGCUAGUGGUGCGCCACCGCGUGAGAAACUCCGGUAAGUGGGCUCGAGCAAUGGCCAUUCUGAAAGAGUUCGAGGAAAAAUGUGGAACCCCUAUUGGGAAACUGAGGCAGGUGGCUGACGCCAUGGCCGUUGAGAUGCACGCUGGCCUCGCUUCCGAAGGUGGUAGCAAACUCAAGAUGCUGAUUAGCUUCGUCGAUAAUCUCCCAACCGGAGAUGAAAAGGGGCUGUUCUAUGCAUUGGAUCUCGGUGGUACGAACUUUCGAGUGUUACGAGUGCAGUUGGGAGGGAAGGACGGUCGAGUUCUCAAGCAAGAAUUCGAGGAGGUUCAGAUACCUCCACACUUGAUGAUUGGGUCUUCAGAAGCUCUGUUUGAUUUUAUAGCUCAAGCACUUGCAAAGUUUGUUGCUAAAGAAGGUGAAGGCUUUUGCUUGGCACCGGGUAGGCAAAGGGAACUCGGUUUUACUUUCUCCUUCCCUGUGAGACAAAUCUCGAUAUCAUCAGGGGCGCUUAUUAAAUGGACGAAAGGCUUCAGCAUUGAAGACACGGUUGGGGAAGACGUCGUCGGUGAAUUAACCAAAGCCAUGGAAAAAUUGAAACUCGACAUGCAUGUAACAGCGUUGGUAAACGACACGAUUGGAACAUUAGCAGGAGGUCGAUUCCAUGAUAGCGAUGUGAUUGCUGCUGUGAUUUUGGGCACUGGAACGAAUGCAGCUUAUGUAGAGCGUGCCAAUGCGAUUCCCAAGUGGCACGGGCUACUUCCGAAAUCAGGAGAAAUGGUAAUUAACAUGGAAUGGGGUAACUUCCGGUCCUCGCAUCUGCCACUUACAGAAUAUGAUCAAGCAUUGGAUGCUGAUAGCUUAAACCCUGGAGAACAGAUUUUCGAGAAGUUGAUUUCUGGUAUGUACUUGGGAGAAAUUGUUCGUAAAGUUUUGAUCAAGAUGGCUGAAGAAGUGGCUCUCUUCGGAGAAACCGUUCCACCCAAACUAAAGAUUCCGUUUAUAUUGAGAACUCCUCACAUGUCUGCGAUGCACCACGACACGUCUCCCGACCUCAAAGUCGUUGGAAGCAAACUGAAGGAUAACUUGGAGAUAUCUAAUACCUCCUUGAAAACAAGAAAAAUCAUAGUGGAGCUCUGUGACAUAGUUGCAACACGAGGCGCUCGCCUAUCGGCUGCUGCUAUCUUAGGAAUCCUGAAGAAACUGGGAAGAGACACAGUCGGAAAUGGGGAGAAGCGGAGGUCUGUGGUAGCAUUGGAUGGAGGGUUGUAUGAGCACUACACUAAAUUCAGAACCACCAUGGAAAGUACACUGAAGGAGCUGCUCGGAGAUGAGGUAGCGGGAAACAUCGUCAUCGAGCAUUCGAAUGAUGGUUCUGGCAUCGGAGCUGCACUGCUUGCAGCCUCGCACUCUCAAUAUCUUGAGGUAGAUGAGCCCUAAGGGGGAAAAAAGAUCAAAUUCCAGAUAGUAUAUUAUGGAGUGGCAGAAGAAGCUUUAGAUUUUUGUUGAAUUGUCUGCUCUCCUUUGCAUGUGUUAUCACUUUCUGAUGCCUUAGACUCUUCUAGCUCAUGAGUUCUCUCAUUCCUUUAUUUAUGGUUAUUGAGAGCUUACAAAAUUCAGUCGAGUUUCUGGUCGGAUGACCCUUUAAAAAGGUAGCCAAACGAGGGAGGGUUCAAACUCUGAUGCUCUAAGGAUCAUUUUUCGUGGUUGCUAUGCAAAUAAAACGGGGCAUAAGCAUAACAAUGGGGUUGUAUUGCCAUUGAAUUUGGAUGUUUUAACCAAAACAUCCCGAUGCCUUAUCUUUUUCAUUCUUAGCAAUGAGUUCCUUGAUUUUCA